GUCUCAUGCAAAAUAUGCAACCACCAUUCAAACGAUGUACCGGUGACCCAAAAAACGCAUCAGAAACCGGAUAUCUCAACCACCUAAAACCCCCUAACUCUCCCCAUUUUCCCAAAUAUAAACACGCAAGAUCUCUCUCUCACUCUCUAACACACACACUCUCUCUCUCUCUCCUCUCUCCUCUCUUCUAAUUAAAACUUUUCAAACUGCUGCUUUUGAGCUGAGACACAUGGAAAUUGGCAAUGACCAGAAUACGCCUCUCCUGGUUUCCAACCACAGCGGCCAUGAGGACGGCGGAGAGGAGAAAGUCGGAUUUGUUAAGCAGUACGGUAUCGAGUCCAAGAAGCUGUGGAAGAUUGCCGGCCCUGCAAUCUUCACCUCCCUCUGUCAGUACUCCUUGGGUGCCCUCACCCAGACCUUUGCCGGGUUUGUCGGUGACCUCGAGCUAGCCGCCGUCUCCAUCGAGAAUUCUGUCAUCGCCGGACUCGCUUUCGGUGUCAUGUUGGGUAUGGGUAGUGCAUUGGAGACGCUGUGUGGGCAAGCAUACGGUGCGGGUCAGAUCCGGAUGUUAGGGGUGUACAUGCAGCGAUCGUGGAUCAUUCUGCUGGUGACAGCUUGCGCUAUGGUCCCCAUCUAUGUGUGGUCCCCACCUAUUCUCAAGCUAUUUGGAGAGACCACCGAGAUUUCUGAGGCCGCCGGAAGGUUUGCACUGUUGAUGCUUCCACAGUUGUUCGCCUAUGCCCUCAACUUUCCAAUUCAAAAAUUCUUACAAGCACAGAGAAAAGUUAGUGUGAUAGCCUGGAUCUCAGGUGCGGUACUUGUAGAACAUGCAGUUCUCAGUUGGUUGCUGAUGAUUAAGCUCGGCUGGGGUCUAACUGGCGCAGCGAUCACACUCAACGCUUCGUGGUGGCUCAUCAUUAUUGGCCAGUUGCUCUACAUCUUCAUCACCAAGUCAGAUGGUGCUUGGAGUGGGUUCUCUUGGCUUGCGUUUUCAGACUUGUGGGGAUUCAUUAAGCUUUCUUUAGCUUCUGCUGUCAUGUUGUGCUUGGAAUUCUGGUACUUGAUGAUUCUACUGGUUAUAACUGGCCGUUUGAAGAACCCUUUGAUCCCAGUUGAUGCCAUCUCUAUUUGCAUGAACAUAAAUGGAUGGGAUGCAAUGAUUGCAAUAGGGUUUAAUGCUGCAAUCAGUGUUAGAGUAUCAAAUGAACUUGGAGCUGGUAAUUCCCAGAUGGCCAAAUUCGCAGUGAUAGUAGUUUCGACGACAUCCAUCGCUAUAGGGCUCGUCUGCAUGACCGUAGUCCUCACGACGAGAGAUUAUUUCCCCUACCUUUUCACCAGCAGUGUAGCCGUUGCGAAGGAAACUACUAACCUUGCAAUAUUGCUUGGAUUCACAGUCCUUCUCAAUAGCCUUCAACCAGUCUUAUCUGGUGUUGCUGUUGGAGCUGGAUGGCAAACUCUUGUUGCAUACAUCAACAUUGGGUGUUACUACAUUGUCGGAUUGCCGGCCGGAAUACUUCUCGGAUUCACAUUUAAAUUUGGAGUCGAGGGUAUCUGGGGAGGAAUGAUUGGUGGCAUUGUCUUGCAAACUAUGAUCUUGAUAGUAGUCACUUCCUUAACUAACUGGAAGAAAGAAGCUGAUGAAGCGGAGAGCCGUGUAAGGAAGUGGGGAGGAGGAGGAAGAGAUGCAGAUAUGUAACUCGAAGACAAAAGCAUCAAAAUUAAGGGGUGCAUGACAUAGUCACACGGAGCUUUUGCAGUAACCAUCGGCAAUGCAAUUUUGCAUUGGUUCAUUGCGCGCUAGUUAUAUUUUGAUGCUAAAGCUCAGAAGUUGUGGGUAGUUAGUAUUGCCAAAACUCAGAAGCAGAGGAAACUAGUGAGGCAUUGAUUUUGUUUGAAGUAUUUGGAGAAAUUCUCUAUUAUCUCUAUUAUUCUCUACUAAUUAAUAAAAUAUUAAUUGUCAAUCAAAA